AAGUGGGAAAUAUUAUUACAGGGUGCGACAAUGUUCAAAGAUUUGCAGUGAUCUGGUGAUCUGGCGAUACCCUGUAGGGUUGCGACUGUUCAUGAGUAAAUCAAUGCUGAAAGAUGCUGGGCUAAGACAUGGCCACCGCCAGUCUCAACGCUGACGAAGAAGAUUCGUCUCCUCCCAGCACCUUUGCAAGUCGUUUUCGUCUUCCUCGCAGCCGCAGUGCUACAGUUGCCAGCCCGGGCGAUCGAAAUGCCAGGCUGAAAACCAAAGCUCUCUCAGCAUGGAAUAAUUUGAGAAAUGGAUGGGUCAUACCCACGCACGUUACAGUGUUUGGACACGAUGAUCCCAUCUGGAUUCUUGGCGUUUACUAUCAUGGAAAGAACUCAGUUCCACGGCGACGUACACGGCCGACUAGUUCACUCGACAGCAGGCCACCGCCAAGCAACACUGCGCCGCACAUCCAGGACUUCCUUGCCGACUUCCAAUCACGCUUCUGGAUGACCUAUCGCCGUGGCUUUCCACAGAUGGCUGACUCCGACCUGACAACAGACUGUGGCUGGGGAUGCAUGCUGCGCAGUGGCCAGAUGAUCCUGGCACAGUCGCUCAUUUGCUUCUUGUUAGGACGAGCAUGGCGUAUUCACUGCCAGCUGCCGGAGCAGAAAGAAACAGAGCGCAUGAUCAUGCGCUGGUUCACGGACAUCCACCAGGAGUGCAGUCCGUUCUCCAUCCACACUCUCGUCGACCUGAGCCGGCCGCGCGGCCGUGUGGCUGGACAGUGGUACGGGCCAGCCCUGGUGUCCUAUCUACUGCGAGAUGCAGUGGAGGGUGCACGGAAAUACGAGGACAGCUUACGGGGCUUCAAAGUCUACGUCGCCCAGGACUGCACAGUUUACAAAGGUGAUUUGGUGGACAUGAUGGACAAGUACCGGGAGGAAACAGGAGAGUCGCGGGACUGCUCCGUUCUGCUUCUAGUGCCUGUGCGCCUGGGCGGCGAGACGCUCAACUCGGUGUACUUUCCUUGCUUGCGGGGUUUGCUGACGCUAGAUCACUGUGUUGGCGUCAUCGGUGGCCGUCCUAAACACUCGCUCUUUUUCAUAGGAUGGCAAGGCGAGGAUCUGGUCUAUUUGGAUCCGCAUUGUUGCCAGGAAGUUGUGGACACAACAGAUCCCAAUUUCCCGACAGAUAGUUUCCACUGCAAGUCGCCCAGAAAGCUGGCGCUGACUCGAAUGGACCCUUCCUGUACGAUAGGCUUCUUUGUACGCGAUCGACAUGACUUUGACCUGUGCUGUAAAAGUGUUGAGGAGAUGCUGUCACCUCCGAUGCAGCAAGGUAACUACCCGUUCUUCACGUUCUCCGACUCGCGGAGCAUGGAGUGCAGCGAAGCAGCAGAGAAUAUGGACCAGGCUGUUGAUGGUGGCGGUACUGACUAUCCAACAGCUGACGGCCAUCAGGUCAUGUCAACUUUCAGUGUGAUUCCGCCGAAGAGGGCGGCCAAUGUCAGUGGCCCCUUGUCGCGUAUUGAGGUCGAGCCAGUGCUGGUGCCACCACCCGAUCAUGUUGUUGAUGAUUUUGUCGUGUUGGACGUCCCGUCAUCGUCCACUUCCUCUAUGUCGCCCAGUCCGGAUGUUCCCGAUCUACCUGUCAGCUAAUGUCCGUCUUGUCCGUAACGUUGUCAGUGUGUUGUCCCUGAUGGCCGUGUUGUUCUCGUUGUCUCUUCUUGCUGCACAUUAGCUGAUCGUAGUGAGUUUUUGUUUUGUUUUUAAUUCGCUGCCUGUAUAUAGCCGCUGGUUGCUGCUGUUUUGCUUUUGCACAUAGCUUCUUGCGUGUAUUUGUGUGUGUGUGUGUGUGUGUGUGUGUGUGUGUGUGUGUGUGUGUGUGUGUGUGUGUGUGUGUGUGUGUGUGUGUGGUGUAUGCGUGUGCGUGCGUGUCGCUGCUGUUGCGCUGGACUGUGGAUUUUUUUGCACAACUCUCGCUCUUUGCCUGUGAUGCUUGCCUGCUGUUGGCUCUGUGCGGUUGUGUGUGAAGUGCUUUUUUCUCUGGUGUCUUGCUAGAAUGUGAGAGUAACUCGCUGCAGUUGAUCAGCAGUUCCUUUUCUUAUUUCUUAUUUGCUGUCUUGGAAAUCGUCGUAUUUUGUUAAAGCCCUAUGCAGAGUGCCUCGUUGGGAAGGAGCAUGUUUAUUAAUUUAGAUUUUUGAUGUCGUCCGCUUUGAAAGAUUUAUUUUAUCUAUUAUUGUACCUGCCGGCAACGUCACCUGUACCUUGGCAUGCUCUUUGCCAUUUUUAAACCUCUAGUUGGCUUUCUUUAUUAGGUUUUGUUGAGAUUAAUUAACCUGCUGAUUGCAGCACAGUCCAUUCUAUUGAUCUUCCUCUCUGUCAUGGACUAUUCCUUUAGAAAAUGAUGCAACAAAGUGAUUCUUCGCUCUGCUGAAUGUAUACACUGUUUUCUUCUUUUUUCUGCUCGUUAGUUGGCGAUCUAGGCCGUUCUAGCACUUUUAGGACAUAUUUUCUUGUCUUGUCUCUUUGGCACGCCUGUUCAUUUGAGUGACCUGUGCUUCUAUC